AUGACAGACCAAGACAACUCGUACAGACCGCGCUCGCCUGACUUCUCGGGCUUCGCCGGCAGCGUUCCCCCGUUUCACGACUACGGCCACCACUCCUCCUACGCUGCAGCCUUCACGACUCCAAUCUCGCCACAGGCCUCCUACGACGCCUCGCCUUUCUUCAACCCACAGGCCCAUCAUCAGCAUCAGGCCCCGCACCAGCAGUAUCACCAGCAGUAUUCUCAUCUCCAGCAACAGCAACAACAACAACAACAGCCCCACCACCAACCGCAUCCACAUUCACAUCAGCAGCCGUAUAUUCCACAACUCUACUCCCCGACGGACGAGAUGGCCCCUACUACCCGGUCUAGGGCACAGGCUAUGCAGCAGCCGCAGCACAUGCUCGAGCAACAGCAACAACAACAACAGUACCAAUCUCAGAUCCUCCAGCAACAGCAGCAGCAGCAGCAACAACAACAACAGCCACUACCACCGCCGCCACAGCAACAAAAUAUGGUGGAACAAUCGCCCAUGGAACAUCCAGAGGCAGAGCAGGCGAAGGAGAAGAGCCUGGGACCCUCUUGCGGAAUAGAAGUCAAGACCAAGUUCCCCGUCGCUCGGAUAAAACGUAUUAUGCAGGCAGACGAAGAUGUCGGCAAGGUCGCCCAGGUUACGCCCAUCGCAGUCUCCAAAGCGUUGGAGCUGUUCAUGAUAUCCCUAGUCACCAAGGGUGCACAGGUGGCUAGGGACCGUUCGUCCAAACGUAUCACCGCAAAUCACCUCAAGGAAGCCAUCAGCAAGGACGAAGUUCUUGACUUCCUCGCAGACAUUAUAUCCAAGGUCCCUGAUGCCCCCUCGGGCAAAAAGCACGACGAGGACGGCAGUGACGGGAACGACAAGCCAAAGAAAAAGGGUAGCCGUCGGAAGAGAGAAGACAUGGAUGACGACUAG